AACUCAAGCUAUUCAAACGCUUGUCCGAUUCGGUGGGCGAAAGUCAAAGUCCAAAUUCAGUAAAAAUAACUCCAAAAUGCAUUUGCGGCGCAUAAUUUCGAUAUUACUCCUCUACAUUAUCGUCACAACGACGGCUAAGCGCUUGAUCAAGCCCAGUGAGCGUCUGUUAGCGCGUCAGAAUGUAAAUGCCAGCGCUCAGCAGGAAGGACGCGUCGUUGGCGGCACAAAUGCCGAUCCAGGAUUCGCUUCAUAUCAAAUAUCCAUACAAGGCCAAUAUAACGGACAUUGGUGUGGUGGCAGCAUAAUCGACAAACAAUGGAUAAUAACCGCGGCACAUUGCAUUGAUGGCUACAAUCCGCCUUAUCUGCGCAUCAUAACGGGCACUGUGGAGUGGGAUCAACCGCGCGCUAUCUAUUACGCCGACGAGUUUUAUACACACUGUAACUACGAUAAUCCAGAUUUUGCCAAUGAUAUUGGACUCAUACAUUUGAAUGAUUCCAUCGUGUUCGAUCAAUAUACGCAAGCGAUACCAUUGGCGUCGAAGCCGUUAGAGGACAACGCUGAAGCUAUACUCACCGGUUGGGGUGACAUGGCCUUCGGUGGUCCGAGCACAAAUAUAUUGCAGAAACUCACAUUACGGCACAUGAGUCACAAGCGCUGUGCGGAAGUAUAUGAGGAUGAGGGGAUACUCGAUGUGGGUCACAUCUGCACAUUCACCAAAGAAGGUGAAGGUACCUGUAGCGGUGACUCUGGUGGUCCUUUGAUUAGUGGCGGUGAACUGGUCGGCCUCGUUAAUUGGGGCCGGCCGUGUGCUGUGGGCUAUCCAGAUGCAUAUGCAAGUGUUUACUUCUAUCGUGAUUGGAUACGUCGCGUCAUGUCGGGCACAUGCAAGACAUGCCACUGUGAAGCUAGUAAUUAUCCUACAUUUGGGAGUAAAAAAUAAAUACUGAAAAAUUUUAAUAAAAUAUACUCACUCAGUAGAGAGUUGUGUUAAAUGUUU